GUCACGCAUAAAAAGUGAAGCGGCGGAAGGGAAUCCGGAAUUGAUGGUUUGAACAAAUACACAAGUGUGUAAAAUGGUUUUGGACCCCUCUCUGGUCGCUGCCAAGAACGGAGACCUGCAAACGUUGCGGGCGUUGCAAAGUCAGGGUGCCGUCCUGCAGAAAGUGACCGACCACCUCGGGGCUUCUCCGGUGCACCACGCCGCCCGCUCCGGGAGACUCGAUGUCUUGAAGUACCUGGUAGAAGAAGCGAAACUCCCCGGGAACAAGCGAGCGAGGAACGGGGCAACUCCGGCGCACGACGCGGCGGCCACCGGCAACCUGGCGUGUUUGCAGUGGCUGCUGUCUGCGGGAGGAUGUCAUGUCCAGGACAAAGACAGCUCUGGGGCUACAGUUCUGCACCUCUCAUCGUGGUUUGGGCAUCACAGUAUCACAGAGUGGUUAUUGAAAGGUGGGGGCAGUGACCCAAAAGCAGCUACAGAUACCGGAGCCCUUCCCGUGCACUACGCUGCAGCCAAAGGUGACCUUCCAUCGCUCCGACUGCUGCUUGGACAAUGUCCCAAUGUUGUAAAUACACAAAUGAAAAAUGGUGCCACUCCCCUCUAUCUGGCCAGCCAGGAGGGCCACCUGGAGGCCGUCCAGCAUCUCGUGAAAGAAUGUGGAGCAGACCCACACAUACGAGCCAAUGAUGGGAUGACUGCUCUCCACUCAGCAGCCCAGAUGGGACACAAUACUGUAAUCGUCUGGCUGGUGAGUUUUUCAGACAUUAGCCUGUUGGACCAGGAUGGUGAAGGGGCCACAGCGAUGCACUUUGCUGCCAGUAAAGGACAUGCCAAGGUUCUCAGCUGGCUAUUGUUACACGGAGGUGAGAUUGCCACAGACAACUGGGGUGGGUCCCCACUACACGAUGCUGCAGAGAACGGAGAACUGGAGUGUUGCCAGGUCUUGGUGGUCAAUGGUGUUGAUCUGGGUAUUCGCGAUAAUGAUGGCAACACAGCAGCAGACCUGGCUGAGUACAAUGGACACAGUCAAUGCGCCAAGUACCUCAAGACAGUGGAGAACAUGAGUGUGGAGCACCGGGUCCUGUCUCGAGACCCGUCCAUGGACCUCGAAUACAAACAACCUGACUCGGGAAUGUCGUCCCCCAACACCACCAUCUCGUCUCAGCAGCAGACGGGGACCGACCUGGGCUCGCCGUCCAGCACACUGUCCAACUACGACUCGUACAACUCCAGCCAAUCCAGUACCAGGGAGAAGAGGAGCAGUCCGACUGGGCAGGGCCAGAGCAAGGGACAAGGACCAUCAACGAUUACGGACAUGGACACUUACAUGGACAUGUUGAAUCCAGAGGCGAGCCCUCAGGAAACCCAGGCGUCCGGAGACAAAGUUCCUCCGCCACCUCCUGCCUUCCCAGCGCCGUCUCCGCCAGCGACCUCCAACCCACCGCCGCCUCCGCCCUGCUACCCGGCACCGCAUCCCCCAGCGGCAGAGCCCUCUGCGGAAAUGUAUGUGCACAUGAGGAGUAACCUUCGGCACGUCGGGAACGAAACACCAAAGAAACUUGAGUUAAAUCCCAAUGAAAUAAAUCCAGACAGAUUGAGGAGGGUUGAAUCAAACCGAAAGUCAAGAAGUUUCAACAAAGAACCCAGCACGGCUGAUUAUUACAAGUCCCUUGGAAACAACACACAGCAAAGCUCUCAGAUGGCGCCUAAUGAGGAGGGCUCUCUCGUACCAGAGGCGGGUCUUAGGAAUGGAAGCGUUCCAGAAAACCAACCCAUCAGUGAAAUACCCGCUCCCCCACCCCCUCCCCCUCUCCCAGAAACUGUGUCAAACCCCCUUCCUCCACCACCACCUCCAUUGCCAACAGAGAACACAGUGUCCAGCAGCAACCAGCGAAGACCUUCAUCAUCUGCAGGAAGUACAAAGUCCUUCAAUAUGAUGUCCCCAACUGGAGAUAAUGCUGAGUUACUGGCUGAGAUCAAAGCUGGGAAAAAUCUGAAGCCAACUUCUCAGAGCAAGGGGAGUACUGUGGUCUUCUCAAGCUCUGGGAAUAUUCCUGAAAACACAAAUGUGAAGCACAAGGGAGCUAGUCCGACUGAAACAUGUGUGAAUGGAGCUGCAUCAGUGCAGGCAACUGUGGCCGACGCUGAGUCACUUGUACCGACUCACGACGAGCAGGGAGUGCCGAUACCAGAAUGGAAGAGGCAGGUGAUGGUGAGGAAACUCCAGGUUAAGAUGCAGGAGGAGGAAGAACAGAAACGAAAAGAGGAGCAGGAAGCAGCUCGUUUAGCCAGCCUGCCCGCAUGGAGGAGAGAUAUAGUGAAAAAGAAACUGGAGGAGGAAAGGGAGCAGAAAAGGAAAGAGGAGGAGGAGCUGAAGAGGAUUGAGGAGGAGAAAAUUAAGGAGCAGUCUGAGAAACUGCGCACUCUUGGUUACGACGAGUCAAAACUGGCACCUUGGCAGCGGCAGCUCAUCCUGAAGAAAGGGGAUUUAGCAAAACAUGAAUGAGACUCUUUGAACCUUCUUUCAUUUCUGCUGUAGUGUAGACCACGCUGUUCAGUAAGAGAUGGAUCCCAAGGGUCAGCUCACUGCUAAACAUGCUGGGCCUCCACAGCACAGCCUACUAGUAGUCAAUAGCUCUUUCUUUGGGUGGUAUCUCCCAUGUAAUUCACAAGCCAACAUUGAGGGAGAUAUUUCAUGCUUCUGUCUGCACCUGAACCUCCCUCACUCUAACCUUCUUAUCCCCAACUUGCUCCAAAGUAUUCACUAGACAAUUGCUUGAUUUCUAUGGAAAAAGCUCUCUACUAUCAUGGUAAUUGUGGUCUGUAGAUUUGCUACCCAGAAUAAAACCCAGUUAUGAUGUCACGUGUUCCAGCUAUAAAAUCAAUCCAUUUUCCAUCUGUAAAAUAACAAUGCAGUUUUAAAGUUAUCUGGAGUGUUAAAUAAACUCACACAGCUGGCAGUUUUGGGCACUGGCAACAUGUUGAGUAAUUGAGUUUGAGCUCAUUGAAGAGCAGAAGUGUGAAGGUUUACCAAGGCAGGAGUUGACUCACCUGGUGUCUGCAUUGCCCAGGGCAGAACUGAGGCAAAGAGACCAGGAAGGUCCAUGCCCUGUAUCCCCAGACAAAGCCCCCACCAUCUCUGUCAGGUGGGCUGAUCUCAGCUAGGUCUGCACUAGAUCGCCUAACAAUUCAGAGUGAGCUGAGGAAAAAUUAACUAACAGGGUUUCCAACUCAGGUGGCAGGAUCAGACGAGGAUUGGUUAUGCUGCCUUUCCACAGUCUGGUAUCCAUCCACUGAGCCUUACAACCUAGGGCUGCACUGAAGGAUACAUAUGUAAACCUAGAUACCAGGUAAUCGGCCAAUCAAGCUAUCAGCAGCCUGCAACUCCAUGUCUUGAAAUUGGUGAAGGAACUACCAGUAGUCCUCCAGCGAGAUGUGACCUCCCACUGCCCACCCCAGUUACAGCAGUCACACUGCCCAAACCAACUUACAUUGAGAGCAGGUAAAAGCCUCACUGAGCAGUACUAGACACCAACAGGAUUGUUACACAAACACAAUUGUACGAAUUCCUGUCCAGACUCUGGCAGAUUCUGUCUCUAUCAAUUUUGUAUAUAAUCAAGUAGAGGCCACCUUAUUUCUGUUGUGCACCUGUUCUUCAGAUUUUAGUGUGUGUACAAGGAAGCUACCUCUGCAAAUCCUGUGUAAAGAAAUGCACACAAUGUUACAUACCACAGUUCAUGAAUAUUAUAAACUUUCUUGGAUGCCAUAUGACUUAAGGGAGACAAUUGAUGCAGAUGUCACUGCCAUUAGCCUGUUUUUCACAGAUUUAACAUCCUGUUUACAAUCCUGUACAAUUAGUUUUUCAGCAGCUCUCUCUCUACUUCCUGGAACAUCCUGACCAAUA